AUGGCAGAGAAGCAUUUAGCCGCCGUCCUACCCUCACGGGCAGCCAACCUAGUGCUUCUGGAGCGCCCAACACCCAUUCCAGGCCCCAACGAAGUCCUCAUCGAAGUGAAAUCAAUUGCACUAAACCCAAUUGACAAUUACCAACGGGCGUACGGCUAUCCAUCGAUAAAUUACCCUGCUGUGCUUGGAUCUGAUGUAGCUGGUAUCGUUCUUGCGGUUGGAUCGUCGAUGACGAUAGAAGCUCCUGCUGUGGGGAGUCGUGUCAUUGCCCACGGUGCAUCCUUCUUCCACAAAGGCGAACCCGACUAUGGAGCCUUCCAACAAAAGUUCCUCGUUCCUGUACAAGCCAUCUCGCCACUCCCAGACACAAUGAGCUUCAACGAAGGAUGCAUCAUCGGAAUGGCGCUCCAGACAAGCUGGUGUGGAUUCAUCAACUCUGGUCUCACUCGCGAAACAUCAUAUAAACCUGAGGACAAGAUGGGAAUGUUGAUAUGGGGCGCAUCAAGUAGUGUUGGAUCUGCUGCAGUCCAAGUCGCAAAGACGAUGGGGUAUACGGUGUAUGCAACAUCUAGUUCCAAACAUCAUGAGUAUAUCAAGGGGUUAGGUGCAAGUCGGAUGUUUGAUUAUAAGGAUAAAGAUGUGGUUGCCAAGAUUGUCAAGGCUGGGAAGGAAGAUGGGAUUGUUAUUGACUUUGCUUUUCUUGCUAUGGGGGACUUGAUUGCUGCGGUCUCUGUGCUGCAGGAACUAAAAAAGGCUGAGAAAGCCAGAGUUGCAAUGGCUACUUUCCAAUUAAGCAUGUUUUGGUGGAGGCUGUUUCCAAGCUGGAGAAGCACUGAGGUCAAGUUCAUCGUACCCCCCGCUAAGAAGGAAGAUAAAGACGACUUGUACCAGUUCAUAUUUGGUGUCUGGUUGAAGGAGAAGCUCGCAUCCGGACAAUUUGUACCAAGUCCAAAGAUUAAACUCGUUGAAGGUGGUCUUGCCGGAAUCCAGAAAGCAUUGGACGGAUUCAAGACUGUUAGUGGAGAAAAGCUUGUGAUGGAACUGUAG